UGGACGUCGUAAGUCGCCGCAGUCAACGAAACGAAACUGUUAAUUAUUUUAGCCUAAAAUUAUCUAUAAAUAUGUCAAAACGACGAUUAGAUAUCAAUGAUUCUUACUCAAAGAAACGAUCUUCAGAUUCGGAAUACAGAGACCGUGAUAAAGACCGCGACCGAGAUGACAGAGGAAGAUCUUCUGGCGGAAUUACAUCCGCUCCUCUUUCUAUACCAUCUAGUGCAAGCCGGCAGAACAACCUUGGCAUUAACCCUUACAGCAUGGCUCCCUAUUCGAUGCGAUACCAUACUAUACUCGCCAAGCGACGCACACUUCCAGUAUGGGAGUACAAGGUUAAGUUCAUGGAGAUGCUAGAUAAGUACAAAGUCAUGGUGCUGGUCGGUGAGACGGGCUCCGGAAAAACAACACAGAUUCCCCAGUGGUGUCUUGAAUACGUCAGAAGCAAGUUUGCAAUGUCCAACAAGAAGGGUGUUGCCUGUACACAGCCCAGGAGAGUGGCGGCCAUGAGCGUCGCUCAACGUGUCUCAGAUGAGAUGGAUCUGGUUAUAGGACAAGAGGUUGGCUACAGUAUACGAUUUGAAGAUUGCACUAGUUCCAAAACACAGCUCAAAUACAUGACAGACGGUAUGUUAUUACGUGAGGCCAUGACUGAUCCGCUGCUUGAGCGCUACGGAGUCAUAUUACUCGACGAAGCUCAUGAGCGUACACUCGCCACCGAUAUUCUGAUGGGUCUGUUGAAGGAGGUAGAGAAGCAGAGAUCCGACUUGAAGGUUGUGGUCAUGAGCGCCACGCUAGAUGCUGGAAAGUUUCAGGACUACUUUGACCAUGCACCUCUGAUGACUGUACCCGGCCGUGCCCACCCUGUGGAGAUAUUCUACACUCCGGAACCAGAGAGGGAUUACCUAGAGGCAACUAUACGCACUGUCGUUCAGAUCCACAUGGGAGAAGAGAUUGAAGGCGACAUCUUGCUCUUCUUGACUGGACAGGAGGAGAUUGAGGAAGCUUGCAAACGUAUAAGGCGUGAGGUUGAGAACCUGGGCAACGAGGGCGGAGACAUCAAGACCAUUCCACUCUACUCCACCCUGCCACCUGCUCUCCAACAGCGUAUCUUCGAGCCGCCACCACCCAACAAAGCCAAUGGUGCCAUCGGCAGGAAGGUGGUUAUUUCAACUAACAUUGCGGAGACUUCGCUCACAAUCGAUGGCGUGGUGUUUGUGAUUGACCCUGGAUUCGCGAAACAAAAGGUGUACAACCCUCGCAUCAGGGUAGAGUCUCUCCUGGUGUCGCCCAUCAGCAAGGCCAGUGCCCAGCAGCGAGCUGGUCGUGCUGGCCGUACCAAACCGGGCAAGUGUUUCCGUCUGUACACGGAGAAGGCGUACCAGACAGAGAUGCAGGAUAACACCUACCCGGAGAUCCUUAGGUCUAAUCUCGGCACGGUGGUCUUACAGCUGAAGAAACUUGGAAUUGACGAUCUGGUUCACUUUGACUUUAUGGAUCCACCUGCGCCUGAAACUCUCAUGAGAGCGCUGGAGCUUCUGAACUACCUCGGGGCGCUGGAUGACAACGGAGACCUGACAGAGCUGGGUUCAAUGAUGGCAGAGUUUCCGCUGGAUCCACAGCUAGGGAAGAUGGUCAUCGCCAGCGCAGACAACAACUGCUCCAAUGAGAUCCUUUCCAUCACGGCCAUGCUGUCAGUUCCACAGUGUUUUCUGCGACCGAAUGAGGCCAAGAAGGCAGCAGAUGAGGCCAAGAUGCGGUUCGCUCACAUCGAUGGGGAUCACCUCACCAUUCUCAAUGUCUACCAUGCUUUCAAACAGAACAAUGAGGAUGUCCAGUGGUGUUACGAUAACUUCAUCCAGAGUCGAUCGUUGAAGUCAGCAGACAACGUCAGGCAGCAGUUGGCCCGCAUCAUGGAUCGUUUCGCUCUGAAGCGCACCAGCACAGAUUUCAACAGCAAAGACUACUACGUCAACAUCCGCAAGGCUCUCGUCUCCGGCUUUUUCAUGCAGGUAGCUCAUCUAGAGCGAACAGGGCACUAUCUCACCGUCAAAGAUAACCAGAUUGUGCAGUUGCAUCCCUCUACGUGUCUGGAUCACAAACCAGAAUGGGUGCUGUACAAUGAGUUUGUCCUGACUACCAAGAACUACAUCCGUACAGUGACGGACAUCAAACCAGACUGGUUGAUCAGAAUCGCUCGUCAGUAUUACGACAUGAGAAACUUUCCCGACUGCGAGGCAAAGCGUGUCCUUGAACGUAUCAUCGCCAAGGUACAAGCGCAAGAGUACUCCAAGCAGUGAGCAGUCCCCUUACCUCCACCAACCAUUACAAUCGACAACACCAGCAACUUUAUGCAACCCAAGCGGUGAGCACAGUCCCACACAGUAAUCUUAGCUCCACUAACACCGACAUUUCAAUUGACGACACCUUUUUUGGUCAUCUUUAUAAUAAAACAGCAACUAUUGGCAUUCUUUGUGAUAUUGGUUUCUACUCACGACAAGAAACUGGCCAACCUCAUUGUAUGGGAAAGAGACUCAUGGUAAUACCAAGCAAAGAACAGUACCAGGUAGAAUGGCUAAAAGUAGUAAAAGCAGAAGGGGGAAAAAAGAUAGAAAAGGGGAUUCAUCUCCUGCAAGGUUAGAACAAAAGUAUCAAAUUUGAAGGGAAACAAAUGUAAAUACAUUACUGCAAUGGCCCACCAAUACACGUGUAAUGAUAAACAGCAUAGUUGAGUUUUACACACUGCACUCCGCUUUAAUACAUAUUUAAAUUAUUUGGGAAUCUCUUUUUGUCGGAGAUAAAACUUGUUUAAAGUUGAGUUUGACAGUGUGCCAGUUUGGUUCUGAUGUUAAGAAAUGAGCAAGUUGACUGACUAUGCUAAACAUGUGUUGUUUCUGAUAGUGUAUUUGUUUUUACACUUGUAGUAAUAUUUGCUCGACAAUUGUGGGUUGUGACCACCCUAAAUGGAUGGGACACACCUCCAGCUGAUCACUAGGAUGGAUUUUUGUCCCAAGGAUCUUUUCCAAAAUUCGGCUUGGGUUCUGGCUUCGUCUCCAUCAAAUUUGGGGGAGUGUUUAUUUUGCAAAGCUUGAACCCGGCACUGAGGUUUGAAAAAAAGUCCUUGAUCUAUUUUCUUGACAAUGCAAAAAAAUGGAAGUUUGCCAAGCAAGCAUAAUUUGAAAACAAAGGGUUACCAGUCUGAGUCUUUGUCCGAUGGGACCAGCAUCAUUUGGAGGGAAUUUAUUAAGGAUUUGCUGAUUGGUGGUGUAAUAUGCAUUUGCCAAAAAGUUAUAAUUAGUAAUUGAAACAGUUCUUAGUAACAACCUCAAAAAUGCACAUUUGUAUAACUAGGAUCAAAGAGGUUAUGCAAGUCUCACUUGCAACCUAAAUAAUUAGACAAGUUAAUUUCUGUUUGGAUUCUUCAUAUCGGGUAUAAUUUAUUGUAUAAGUUGCUUAAAACAUUACCAACAUUCUUAUUAUUAGUUAUGGAAAGAUGAUGCGCAAACAAUGCGGGCUUCUAUAUCUCAAAUGCCUAUUGAAUAUUUAGGUGUUUUUUACCCUUACACCAAUUUGUAUUAAGCCCUGUAUACCCGGUACUUUCCAGAGUUCUGUGGAAACAACAUCCACAGGCAAUAUAGCUUGGGUGGGAUUCGAACCCACAGCCAUUGUCAUUUAAGAGCAGAUAUCUUGUAUCACUAGAUCACCGAGCUAUCCAGAGGCAGUUAAAAUAGGGUUAAAACCAAGUACAUGUAAUACUAUUUAUUAUUGUUGCAAAAUUUACAAGUUUAAAAUUAACGUCGACUGUUCAUUCUUAUUGGCACCUUUUUAGAAAUCACAACUUUGGCUAUGGCUUCAAAUGGGACUUAAAACAGUCAGAUAGAGCCCAAGCAUAAGCCUCAGCUGAAAACAAGUGUUUCAAAUAUAUUUAUUGUGGUUUGCAUUAUGAUAAUGGUUCAUGUAACAAAUUUUAUGGCAACAUUUCACUGAUCCACUUCACAAAACCAAUUGCUCAUCAAAAUACAUUUCAUAGACAUAAUUUGACACCAAUCAGAAGUGAUAAAUACAUCACAUAGUUAUUUGGCCGGUAACCAGUGCAGCUGUACGAAAUUGCCCAUUGGCAGGUAACCAGUGCAGCUGUACGAAAUUGCCCAUUGGCAGGUAACCAGUGCAGCUGUACGAAAUUGCCCCUUGGCAGGUAACCCUAUCCCUAAUGAGGUAGCCAGUUGGGCGACUGAUGGGUGAAUAUAUACACCCCCAUGCUUUUGUACCCAGGUUGGCUACUAAUUCAAUGGUCUGUUAUGGCCACCUUUCAAUACUGUGUAAAUAUGGUUUUUCCCUUAUAUUAAAACUGAGCUUUGUAGAAUUAAACCAAAUAGAGAUGGCACUGAACAAAAUAA